UUGGUCCCUGCGACCGGUCCCCGGAAACCACCUGUGGACGGAACAAUCAAGGAUUAUAAUGGAGUGACCAUCUGGAGUAAAAAGGAACGCGUCGACCGGUGGGACGAAUUCUUCGAGCAACGGCUAUGGUGGCCACCAGCCGCCACUUACCUGGAGCCCAUAAUGGACGUAGAACCCUGGGCAGUCAACGUAGAGACCCCUGUGGUGUCGGAGGCUUAUGAUCGUAUAUGUUCUCUCAAGCGCCGUCGAACUUCUGGUCCGGAUUACCUCUCACCUGCACUGCUCAAAAAUGGGAGUAAACUCCCCAGUGGCAUUGCGACAGUAUACGUUGGUCAGCCCUUGGAUACAAUCAAGGUGAAAAUGCAAGCUUUCCCUGAAGUAUAUUCUGACGCGUGGAAAUGCUUCAAAGUAACACUGAAAAAAGACGGAAUUGUUAGAGGCCUUUAUGCCGGCACGGUGCCGGCAUUGGUGGCCAAUAUUGCGGAAAACGCCGUUCUGUUUUGUGCACUACCUCCCAGUCAGCACCUUGUCGGUGUCCUUUGCGGGAAACAACCUCACGAGCACCUUACAAAUUUACAACAUGCAUUCGCCGGAAGUCUUGCUGCGUUUUGGUCCAGUUUGACCAUAUGCCCAACGGAACUAGUCAAAUGCAAAGUCCAGUCUAUUCGUGAAAUGACUGAAUUAGGGCAGCUCCAAAUCAAGCCUAAAGAGACUGGACCCUGGAGUGUUACGAGAAUGAUAUUCAGAGAAGAAGGUUUAGUCGGUUUCACCCGCGGCCUCAGCGCGACGUUCGCUCGUGAGGUGCCGGGGUAUUUCUUCUUCUUUGGUGGCUACGAAACUUGCCGGUCACUGUUUGCUAGACAUCGGGGUAACAGAGAUCACCUCAAUACAGCGGAGGUAGCUGUUUGCGGCGGUGUCGGUGGAUGUAUGUUAUGGACCGCCAUAUUUCCAUUUGACGUGAUCAAGUCUCGCAUGCAAAUUGGGCACGUUGAGGCUGCUGUCCCUGUCAGUUCAACCCCUGGGUUGUCCGCAAAAAUCCCUGUUACCGGGGAAACAAACGUUUACGCCAGUUUGCACCAGUCGGCGCCUGCAGUAAAACCGCCCAGUUUCUUUCAUCUGCUCUUUAGGAUCGCUCGACACGAAGGUAAUUUUCACACAUGUCUUGCUGCGUCCACUUGGUUGAUCAUGGUUGGAUAUCCCGGUUUGGUCGGAAUCUUGAGCUCUUCCACUAUGAAGUCACGAUGUCGCAAGGAGGUAUCAGUGCCCUCUAUCGUGGACUCGGACCCACCCUUCUGCGGACAUUUCCGGCCAGUGGAGCCCUGUUUGUAGCGGUUGAAUGGACCAGGAAAUUCGGUCACUGGGUUUUGGAUUAAUUCACUCUAUAUUCUGGCUGUAUCAGUUUUCGAUAUGUUUCGAUUAGGGAUAUUUUUUGUUGCUUGACCACAUUGUUUUUUUUUCAUUUGGGAUGUUUUAUGCCGUAGCACUGACGUUCGUAGCUCCCUACUUCCAAAUCUAUUUUCAUAUACACUUUGUCGAGCAUUUUAUUGGAACUCUGCAUUACUGUGUGCUGCACAACAAAUCGCCUAGAGGUUUGUUGUAUGGCCCACCAACUCUUAUUCGACAGUAAGUCCAAGCACGCCUUACUUUUGUAAUAUUGAGAUCGUGAUGAUAUUUCGUUUUAUUUCGUUUGUCCACA